UCGGCUCAUGGUGGGGCAUGGAGCUAUUGGGUCGGGGAAUUUGCACAUGCCAAUGCCGACGUCGCCAAGUACCUUAAGCAUUACGGAGUACCUAGAUUGACAGCCUCAAGCAUCCCCCGCGCGCUAGUUUAAGUCUUCCCCGCGAUUGCUCUCCCACGUGGGGUUCCAACUUCCUGAUCCAUACCCACACCCCGGGGUCUCAUAUCUGCCCCUCGCAACUCACCCUGGCACAAGCUUUGAGACACCAUCACAAUGGCAUCACCCGCAGGUGAUAUUGGUGGGUCGAAGAACGAUGCAGAGGGAGGCGCAUCCGCCGUGGACGCGCAGGGGAAGAAGACCGUGACGGUAGAGGACGUGGACGACGUUCCUGACCCGGACGAGGAUGACUUGGACGAUCUUGAUGAAAUGUUGGAUGAGUUUUCCGCGGUGAGGAUCGAUGCGAAAAGGCCAGAGGCGCCCUCAGGACCACCCCAGCAAGGUGCCGCAGGCGUCAAGGAGGACCAGGUCUUGUCCGAGGAUGACUUCGCAAAGCAACUGCAGGCCGGUAUGGCCGAUCUGCUAGGGGAGUUGGAAAGUUCUCCGGAGAUGCAAGCGCAAUUCGAGAGCAUAUUCAAAGAGCUGGGCGCCGCUGCAUCGGCGAGCGCAGAGCAGACCUCGACAGCUCCGACCCCUCCAGGGUUCGGCGCCGGCGGCUCGGCUUCAACAGAGACCGCCGCCGGUGCUGAAGCAUCGUUCCAAGAAACCAUCCGACGGACAAUGGAGCGGAUGCAGACCUCGGGCGAGCAGGCGACAGCGGCAGCCGCGGCCGAGGGCUCAGACAACUUCAUUGCGGAACUCCUCAAAGCGAUGCAGAGUAGUAGUCUUGACAGCAGCGAAGGCAAUGACGAGGAGUUUUCAAAGAUGCUCAUGGGGAUGAUGGAGCAACUUACCAACAAGGAGAUUCUCUACGAGCCCAUGAAAGAGCUCGACGAAAAGUUCCCCGAAUGGCUAGAGAAGAAUAGGGACAAAACCUCCGCGGAGGAUCUCAAAAGAUACGAAGAGCAGCAGACCCUGGUGCGAGAGAUCGUCGCCAAGUUUGAGGAACCAACGUACUCGGACGCUAGCACGGCUCACCGGGAAUACAUCGUUGACCGGAUGCAGAAGAUGCAAGCCUCCGGGUCGCCGCCCUCAGACCUCGUCGGGGAUAUGCCCUCGACUCAGGAUGUGCUCAACAUGCCAGACGAGUCGUGCAAUCCCCAAUAGUGCUAACCAAUCCGAGAAGGCGUAGCAACUAGUCAGGAUAGCUCAGCAUAAUUCUAACCGCUACCCUUCUUCAACUCUAAUACCAUAACUCAAUGCAAGAGCCCAUCACACUUCCCUGUGUGUUCAGCAAGACCCAAAGCGCCGACCAACAUG